CCAAAUUCUGCCGUCUCCACCGCCGCCGCAGCCAGCGUCACCGGAGGGAUCUGCCGUCUCCCUUGCUCCACGCGAUGAACACCGACAUCACCGCCUCGACUAAGCCGGAGUACCCGGUGGUGGAUCGGAACCCGGCCUUCACCAAGGUGGUCGGCAACUUCUCUGCGCUCGACUACAUGCGCCUCUCCACCAUCUCCGCCGUCUCCGUCACCGUUGGCUACCUCUCCGGGAUCAAGCCGGGGAUCCGGGGCCCGUCGAUGGUCACGGGCGGCCUCAUCGGGGUCAUGGGAGGGUUCAUGUACGCCUACCAGAACUCCGCCGGGCGCCUAAUGGGAUUCUUUCCCAACGACGCCGAGGUUGCGCGCUACAAGCACAAGCUUCAUUGAGGAUCCAGCUCCAUUCCGUCUCUCUUUUCGCAACCGUUUCGCCUGUUCCUUUCCUGAUUCCGUGUUAACUUCAGUACUUUAUCUGGGCACUCUAUGGCCUUGGUUAAAUAAAAGUGGUAUGUUGUUGCACGGUUAUGAGGAUUCGAUGAUACAAUUCACCUCAUCUUUAUGUUGUUUGGUGAGAAUUUCGUCGCCGUUUGGGUGAAUUUAUGAAUACUGAAGUGAUUUCUGCUCUGAA